AUGGCGGAAGGGAAAGAGGAGAAUAGGGAGAAUAAUGAAGAAGAAGAGAGCGUUAAGCUUUUCGUCGGACAAAUUCCGAAACAUAUGUCGGAAUCUCAACUCCUUGCAUUGUUUCAGGAGUUCGCUGUCGUUGACGAGGUCAAUAUCAUCAAGGACAAGAUUACACGCGCCUCUCGAGGAUGUUGUUUUCUGCUAUGUCCAUCGAGAGAGGAAGCAGAUAAGUUGGUCAAUGCUUGCCAUAACAAGAAGACAUUGCCUGGGGCAUCAAGUCUAUUGCAAGUAAAGUAUGCAGAUGGAGAGUUAGAAAGGCUAGAGCAUAAGCUUUUCGUUGGUAUGCUUCCAAAGAAUGUCACUGAAGCUGACGUUAAAUCUUUAUUCUCCAAUUACGGGACCAUAAGGGAUCUUCAGAUUCUAAGAGGUGCUCAACAAACAAGCAAAGGCUGUGCUUUUCUUAAGUAUGAGACAAAAGAACAAGCUGUUUCUGCCAUGGAUGCUAUCAAUGGAAUACAUAAAAUGGAGGGUUCGAGUGUUCCUUUAGUUGUGAAAUGGGCAGACACAGAAAGAGAGAGACACACAAGAAGACUCCAAAAGGCUCAAUCUCACAUUGCUAGAUUAGCUAACGCUGAUCCAACAAACCCUUCAUUGUUUGGAGCAUUACCAAUGAGUUAUGCUCCACCAUAUAAUGGAUAUGGUUAUCAUCAUGCUCCUGGAAGUUAUGGUUACAUGCUACCACCAAUUCCAAAUGUGAUUGCACAACAAAACCAAGGCAAUAACAGCAGCAACAACAACAGCAAUGCGUUGCAAGGAACCUCGCAUGACUCUGUGCCGCCUCGUUUGGCACGAAGAAACUUUCCUCUGCCUCCUCCUGGAAGCUACAUGGGCUCUGGCUACCCUCCUGUAAGAGGUCUUGCUUAUCCAUUGGCUUAUCCUAGAGGACUCAUGAGUCCUCGUCCUCUAAAUACAUCUCCUGGAUCCUUAUCACCUGCCAUUGCCAACAGCGGCGGGUUAACACCUUUAGGUCCCGUGGUUCAAACCGAAGGUCCGGAAGGUGCCAAUCUGUUUAUCUACAACAUACCUCGGGAGUUUGGAGAUCAAGAACUCGCGGCUGCGUUUCAACCUUUCGGUAUUGUUCUGAGCGCAAAGGUCUUUGUAGACAAAGCCACUGGUGUAAGCAAAUGUUUUGGUUUUGUUAGUUAUGACUCACAAGCAGCUGCUCAGAACGCGAUUAACAUGAUGAAUGGUCGCCAUUUAGACGGCAAGAAGUUGAAAGUCCAGCUUAAGAGAGAGAACAACAAUGGCCAUUUGAGUAGUAGCUCCUAA